AUGGGUACGAGAAGGGCUCAGCAGCAGGAAAUGGUCCAGGUUGACCGUUCCGAACAAUCGGCCUCCCCCUUCUGGAAAGCCAGAUCGGUAUCCGAGAAUCAAAGGCCCUCUCCCUCGUCUGAUCCGAACAUUGUCGUUGGUGCCUCAUACUCUCACGCCAAUAUAUCGAAUGGAUUGCCCCAGCAACAUACGCGGCCCCGAACGCCUCCUCGUCCGUCUUCUAAUAAUUCCUCACACUUAUCUCCUUCCCCUCAUCGAUCGGUGGGAUGGGCCGCGUCACCACGCGCAUCAUAUUCCGGCAUCAUGAAUCAAGAGCUUGGGCUGUGGAGCCAUGAUGGUACCAAGGGGAAGAUCGCUGAUGAUGAAGGUGAUGCGGAAGAGGAUAUUGUAUAUGACGAUGAUGAGGACGAGUUUGGACUUCCAAGCAUUGCAAGUAUGCGGAAGAGACAAAGUCGAAAAACUGAUGUGUUUCAGCCCAAAGUUGCACCGGUUGGUAAACUUGAGGACAAACAUUCAACUCUUGGAGUGAACCUAUCAAGCAAUAGACAACGAGCAAAUAGUUCUGAUAUCGCCGAAGAACGGGAUAUUCCACUAUACCCAACGACUCGGAAGGGGGACGGUAAAAUCCUACGGCCUCAGUACAAAGAUAUUUUGAAAGAUCCGGUGAACGCCUUGAAUAUCAUUAAUCAUACUACGCCCCCAAAAAGUGCAUCGCCGAAAGAUAUGGACGCGUAUACGAGUCGCAUAUCAAGGAUCAACAAAUUCAAGCGUCUCUUGCAGGCGAGUAUUGUGCCAUUAACGGAUUUGAGAAACCUCGCUUGGUCGGGCGUCCCUGAUGAGGUACGAGCUAUGACUUGGCAACUCCUUCUCGGUUAUCUUCCCACAAAUAGCGAACGGCGAAUCGCGACUCUUGAACGAAAACGAAAAGAGUAUCUAGACGGGGUUCGGCAGGCAUUCGAGCGCAAUAGUGCUGCAACUACCGGAAUUCCACCGCCUUCAACUACUGGACGUGGCCGGGGUCUUGAUGAGGCAAUUUGGCAUCAAAUCAGCAUUGAUGUUCCUCGCACCAGCCCUCAUAUCCAACUCUACAGUUAUGAAGCCACUCAACGAUCAUUGGAAAGGAUCCUGUAUCUAUGGGCGAUCCGACACCCCGCUAGCGGUUAUGUUCAAGGUAUAAAUGACCUUGUUACCCCGCUAUGGCAAGUGUUUCUAGGAGUUUAUGUUACGGAUCUCAAUGUUGAAGAGGGUAUGGAUCCCGGCCAACUUCCUCGGAGUGUGCUCGACGCGGUGGAGGCAGAUUCCUUCUGGUGCCUGACCAAACUACUGGAUGGAAUUCAGGAUAACUACAUCUAUGCUCAGCCUGGUAUUCAAAGGCAAGUAAGGGCUUUGCGUGAUUUGACCAUGCGUAUUGAUGCCACCCUGGCGAAACACCUAGAGCAAGAGGGGGUUGAAUUCAUGCAAUUCAGUUUUCGGUGGAUGAACUGUUUACUCAUGCGUGAAAUGAGUGUGCAAAACACAAUAAGAAUGUGGGACACGUAUAUGGCCGAAGAACAGGGCUUCUCGCGAUUCCAUCUGUACGUAUGUGCGGCAUUCCUUGUCAAGUGGACAGACCAAUUGGUGAAAAUGGAUUUUCAGGAAAUAAUGAUGUUUCUCCAAGCGCUCCCGACGAGAGACUGGACAGAAAAGGAUAUUGAGCUACUUCUCAGUGAGGCAUACAUCUGGCAAAGUCUCUUUCAAGAUUCUCGAGCCCAUCUUCGUCCAAGCACGGGCGAUCAUACACCCGAUAACGGAUUUCAAUAA